ACAAAGACCAGGUUUGCAUCAGCACAGAAUUUUAAGAGCUACAUGGAUGUGGAUAUGGCAAUGAAACUCAUCCUGUUAUUGUUUGUUACUGUCUUUGUUCCUGUUGAGACUAUCAAACCUCUCAAACUGCAUAGAGCUCUCUAUAAUAAACUCAUCACAGAAUCACAAACUGAACCACAAGAGGAAAUUGUCAAUACACAUAAUGCCUUCAGGAGACAAGUGUCCCCGCCAGCCAAGAACAUGCUGAAAAUGAGUUGGAGUUCAGCUGCUGCAGAAAACGCUAGAAUCUUGGCGAGGUACUGUGACAAGUCGUGCAGUGACUCACUUGAGAGGAGACUACCAAAUACAUUUUGUGGAGAAAAUAUGUUUAUGGAACAUUAUCCCUCUUCCUGGUCAAAAGUAAUUGAAAUCUGGUACAAUGAGUCCAAAUACUUCAAAUAUGGAGAAUGGCCAUCCACAGAUGAUGACAUCGAAACUUGUCACUACACUCAGAUGGUCUGGGCCUCUUCCUACCUCAUUGGCUGUGAUGUUGCAUCAUGUCGCAGACAAAAGGCAGCUACAUAUCUCUAUGUGUGUCACUAUUGUCAUGAGGGAAAUAAUCAAGAUACCCUAAAUAUGCCUUACAAGGAGGGCUCACCAUGUGAAGACUGUCCAAAUGACUGUGAAGAUGGACUGUGCACUAACCCCUGCCUUUAUUAUGAUGAAUAUAACAACUGUGAUAAGCAGGUAAAACUUUACGGAUGCUCACAUCCAGCUGUCCAGCCAUUCUGCAAGGCUUCUUGUCUGUGUACAACUGAAAUAAAAUAACCUAGUGUUUGUUACUGUGCUGUGAUUAUGAAGGGUGUUUUCAGUACCAUUUAUUUCACCUAAAUGUUAUGUACUGUAAGACCCUCUACUGAAUUUCAUUUGUUAUUUUUAAAUUAUGGCUAGAAACUAACUUUUAACCAUCCUUUGUAGACAUCGACAUAUUUUCAUCAAGACUGUGCCCCCUGUCAUGUAGUAACAUGGCUUUAAACUUCUUUGUUUGAUGAAAGGGUAAAUCAAAUACUUUCCCCAAGUUUAAUGCAUGUGAUUUGUGGUGUGUAGGUCGAUGUAAUCCAACUAAUGAAUGGAGUAAAACAGCUUGUACCAAACCCCCUUUCCUAACAUCCCCAUUUCCCAACAACCCUGGUAUUUUUUUUUUGUUUAACUUUCAAUUUCCAUUCUACUAUUCAAUUAAAGUCAAGCACUAAAAAUAUUCA